UGAGUCUAGAUGGGGGCCUAGGGCAGGAUGAUAGAUACCUGAGGUAGGCAUGUUGUCUUUCCUGCUCAGGUCUAAGCUGCCUCGCUUCUGCUGGCUGGGCAUGGAGGAUUUGAAAGAAGAUGUCAAAUUCAUUGUGGAUGAGACCUUGGACUUUGGAGGGCUGUCCCCAUCUGACAGUCAUGAGGAAGAAGACAUAACGGUAUUGGUGAGUCCAGAGAAACCACUUCGACGGGGCCUCUCUCACCGCAGUAACCCGAACACAGUAGCUCCCACUCUCCAGGGUGUGAGGUUCAGUUUGGGCCCGCUCAGCCCAGAGAAGCUGGAGGAGAUCCUUGAUGAAGCCAACCGCCUGGCAGCUCAGCUAGAGGAGUGUGCUCUGCAAGACCAGGAGAGUGCAGGUGCAGGCCCUGGGAAGCCCAGCCCCAGAGGCAAGCCCAGCCCUCGGAGGGAGACCUUUGUCCUCAAGGACAGCCCUGUCCGAGAUCUGCUGCCCACUGUGAGCUCUUGGAGCACACCAUCCCCAAGCAGCCUAACUGGACUCCGAAACAGUGACAAAAAGGGGUCAGCCAGGGCUGUUCGAGUGACAGCUGGAAAGAAGCCUCCCAGCACAAAGAAGGAAUCGCCCACUUGCAAUCUGUUCCCUGCACCCAGAAGCUCAGCGCUCUCUCCUCUUGCACAAUCAAGUCUUUCCUCCCGGCGGAAAACUGGGCCCAGUGCACGAACAAAAGCAAGUAAGAGCCAGGAGCCAAGAUGUGGGUGAAGCUGGUAUGGGAGAGAGAAGGUGGGACUCACCCCAAAAAUGUCUUUUCUCCUCUGCACAGGCCCACCAGUCCCUGUCAGACCGGUCCCAGCUCCACAGCCCUCAACUAGCAACUCUCAAUGUUCAUCCCGGCUACAGAGAGCAGCUGCCAAGUCUUCCAGUCAACUACUGGUCCCCUCAGCCAUCCCCAGGCCUGCCACUCGAAUGCCACUCACUGGCCGGAGUGUACCAUCUGGCAAAAGUGCCCUACCUCCAGAUUCUCUCUCAACUCGGAAAGGGCUUCCAAGUGCCACAGGUCACAGAGCUCCUGUUUCCCAGAGAACCAAUCUUCCAACCCCCAGUGCCCCUCGAGGCAGGAUGCAGUCCCUCAAGAAAGCUGCAGUCCCUGGACCAACUAGGUAA